AUGGAGAAUGACAAGACCAGCAGUAGGGAAGAAGCUAUACUUGACAAGCAAGACCAAGAAGAACCCAAACAGAAGGAGGAGGAGCCACAAGCUUUAAGGAAAAGGAAGCAAGUUAGGGAGGAACCAUCACAAGAACAGAGGAAGGAAGUGAAGGCUUACAAACCUCCUUUGUCGUAUCCACAAAGACUACAGAAAGAGCUCAAGGAUCAACAAUUUCCCAAUUUCUUUGAGGUCUUCAAGAAGCUGGAGAUUAAUAUCCCACUUGCUGAAGCAUUGGAGCAGAUGCCCCUGUAUGCUAAAUUCAUAAAAGAGCUCAUCAACAAAAAGAGAAGCUGGCAUGAGAAGGAAAUAAUGCUUCUGACUGAAGAAUGUAGUGCAGUAAUCCAAAGAGGUCUCCCACCAAAAAUUAAAGACCCUGGGAGCUUCUUCUUGCCUUGUACCAUUGGUAAUAUAACCAUUGACAAGGCACUGUGCGAUUUAGGAGCCAGCAUCAAUCUAAUGCCCUAUUCUAUGAUGCGAAGGCUAUGUAUAGAGGAAGUAAAACCUAUACAGAUGUCGUUGGAGCUUGUGGAUAAAUCACUGAUACUUCCCAAAGGAGUGAUUGAAAACCUCUUGGUCAAGGUGGAUAAAUUCAUAUUCCCUGCAGAUUUUGUAAUCUUAGAUCUAAAUGAGGAAGGAGGUGACUCCAUCAUACUGGGAAGACCCUUCCUAGCCACAGCAAGGGCCAUCAUCGAUGUAGAACAUGGAGAACUGACCUUAAGGGUACAUGAUGAGAGAAUCACUUUGAAUGUCUUUCAAGAAGCAUAG